AUGUCAAAAUUAGAUGGCAUUUACAUCUUUUGUGACAACAAAUCUUAUCAUGAACAAUGGACCAAGAACUGGAGAAAAAUCAAAGGUGUUCACACAAAUAUCAAGGAUAUUUGUAAUGCAUUGAAAUGGGGUGUUAAACAAUUGAAUCAAGAUUCAAUUGCUGUGAGUUUUAUCAAAGUUAACGAAGCGAUGUCCAGUGGAGAUCUGAACCAAUUGGAGCCAAAUUAUAUGUAUACGCAAGUAUUCAAGGAGAUUCUUCUUGAAAUGGAACAUGACCGCAAGCAGGCCAUCAAGAUCUUAGCGACGUAUUACCACAAAUUUUAUCAUGACAAUGUGUCAAAAUUAGCCAUUGUUGAUGAAUUUCAACACGAUUACCAUCCAGAAAAGGCAAUUUGGUGGUAUACACGUGAGUCUUUCACUUACGAAAUGCUUAAUCGAGCACUUAGAACAUUAGAUGCCGAUAUAAUUAUUAAUAUGGGAUUUUUCAUUUGUGAUCUUCACCAACAAAUUCAUCAGCUAUAUCAACAACAGCUUCCUAGUUAUUGUGGUAAAUCAUUUAUAGUUUAUCGAGGACAAGGUCUACAAAAAACCGAUUUCGGCAAACUUAAAAACACAGAAGGUGGUUUAAUGUCCUUUAACAACUUUUUAUCCACCAGUAAUGAUAAAGAUGUGUCCCUUUUGUUCGCCGAGAGUUCCUCAGGAAAUACAGAUAUGGUAGGAAUACUCUUUAUAAUGACCAUUGAUCCACAAGUCUCAUCAACACCAUUCGCGUCCAUUAAGGAGGUUAGUUAUUACAAUACGGAAGAAGAAAUUCUUUUCUCCAUGCACACUGUAUUUCGGGUAGGCGCAAUUAAUCAAAUAGACAAUAAUGAUCAACUUUAUCAAGUGGAACUUCGACUGACUAUGGAUGACGAUGAACAACUUCGGCAACUAACUAAAUGGAUAAGUAACGAGAUUGGAGGUGAAACAGGAUGGAAACGAUUAGGUAAACUAUUACUCCAAACAGGUCAUUUCCAUAAGGCUGAAGAACUCUACAAAGUACUACUUGAACAAACAUCGAACGAAAGUGAUAAAGGACUUUAUUAUAGCAAUCUUGGAGCAGUCAAAUAUCAUCAAGCUGAUUAUGAACAGGCUAUUGAAUAUUACGAAAAAGCACUCGAAAUCCAAGAAAACACUCUUCCUGAAAAUCAUUCUUACCUGACUAUUUCCUACAACAACAUUGCUGGUGUAUAUAUGGACAGGAGAGAGUACUCAAAAGCACUUUCAUUUUUCGAAAAAGCACUCGUAGUUGAUGAAAAAAUUCUUCCUGAAAAUCAUCCUGACUUGGCUACUUGUAACAACAACAUUGGUUUGGUGUAUAUGAACAUGGGAGAGUACUUGAAGGCACUUCCAUUUUUCGAAAAAACAUGUAGAAUUCAACAAAAAACUCUGCCUGCUAAUCAUCCUUCGUUGGCUACGUUUUACAACAACAUGGGUGUUGUGUGUUUGAACAUGGGAGAAUACCCGAAAGCACUGUCAUUUUACGAAAAAGUACUUGAAAUCCAAGAAAAAACUCUUCCCGAAAAUCAUCAUUCGUUGGCUACCUCCUACAACAACAUGGGUAGUAUGUAUAAGUACAUAGGAGAGUACUCGAAAGCACUUUUAUUUUACGAUAAAACCCGAGCAAUCAUGGAAAAAACUCUUCCCGAAAAUCAUCCUUCGUUGACUACUUGCUACAACAACAUUGGUACUGUAUAUAUUAACAUGGGAGAGUACUCGAAAGCACUUUCAUUUCUCGAAAGAGCACUUGAAAUCCAAGAAAAAACUCUUCCUGUAGAUCAUUCUGACUUGGCUACUUCAUACAACAACAUCGGUAAUGUGUAUGACAGCAUGAGAGAGUGCUCAAAAGCACUUUCGUUUUAUGAAAAAGCACUUGAAAUCCAAGAAAAAACUCUUCCUGAAAAUCAUCAUUUGUUGGCUAGUUCCUACAACAACAUUGGUGCCGUGUAUAGUAAUAUGAGAGAAUACUCGAAAGCACUUUCGUUCCACGAAAAAGCACUUGAAAUUAAACAAAAAGCUUUUCCUUCAAAUCAUCCUUCGUUAGCUACAUCCUACAAUAGCAUUGGCAGUGUGUAUGAUAAAAUGGGAGAGUAUUUGAAAGCACUCUCAUUUUACGAAAAAUCAACUGAAAUCCAAGAAAAAACUCUUCCUAUAAAUCGUCCUUCGUUGGGUGCUUCCUACAAUAAUUUCGGGGUGCUGUAUUCUAACAUGAAAGAACAUUCGAAAGCACUCUCAUAUUUUGAACGUGCUCUUGACAUAUGGGAUCAUGCACUACCACCAAAUCAUCCUAAUCUGAAAAGUCUGAAAGAGCGGAUUGAAAUUGUAAAAAAGAAAUUAUAA